GCACCCGCGCGCGCCGCUCCGUCGCUGCUCCGGCCGAGCGGGGGAGGCGGCGGCUCCGGCUCCGCUCCCGAUCCCGGUCCCGCUCCGGAUCCCGGUCCCGCAUCGCGGGGCGGCUCGAUUGUGAGGACGAGCUGCUGCAUCAAUAACCUGAAGAAGGGAGUUCUCUGUUAAGACUGCAAGAAGAUACUACUAACUGACUGGAGGCCAAGAACAGAGUGCAGCACUGGCUGUAGGUUUGCUGGCAUGGGUAAUCUCAUUAAGGUGCUAACCAGGGACAUAGACCACAAUGCAGCACAUUUUUUCUUGGAUUUUGAAAAUGCCCAACCUACAGAAUCUGAAAAGGAAAUUUAUAAUCAGGUGAAUGUAGUGUUAAAGGAUGCAGAAGGAAUACUGGAAGACUUGCAGUCAUAUAGAGGAGCUGGCCAUGAAAUACGAGAGGCAAUACAGCAUCCAAAUGAUGAGAAGCUGCAAGAGAAGGCAUGGGGUGCAGUUGUUCCACUAGUAGGCAAACUAAAGAAAUUCUAUGAAUUUUCUCAAAGACUAGAGGCCGGGCUGCGGGGCCUGCUGGGCGCCCUGACCAGCACUCCGUACUCCCCCACGCAGCACCUGGAGCGAGAGCAGGCUCUUGCUAAGCAGUUUGCAGAAAUUCUUCACUUCACACUCCGAUUUGAUGAGCUCAAGAUGACAAAUCCUGCUAUACAGAAUGACUUCAGCUACUAUAGAAGAACUCUGAGCCGUAUGAGGAUUAACAAUGUCCCAGCAGAGGGAGAAAAUGAAGUAAAUAAUGAGUUGGCAAACAGAAUGUCUUUAUUUUACGCUGAAGCAACGCCAAUGUUGAAAACCUUAAGUGAUGCCACAACAAAGUUUGUGUCAGAGAAUAAAAAUUUACCCAUAGAGAACACAACAGAUUGCUUAAGCACCAUGGCCAGUGUGUGCAGGGUCAUGCUGGAAACCCCUGAAUAUAGAAGCAGGUUUACAAAUGAGGAAACAGUAUCAUUCUGUCUGAGGGUAAUGGUGGGUGUCAUCAUACUCUAUGACCACGUGCAUCCGGUGGGCGCUUUUGCCAAAACUUCAAAAAUUGAUAUGAAAGGAUGCAUCAAAGUUCUUAAAGACCAGCCUCCUAACAGUGUAGAAGGCCUUCUAAAUGCUCUCAGGUACACAACAAAGCAUUUGAAUGAUGAGACUACCUCCAAGCAAAUUAAAUCCAUGUUGCAAUAACAAUUACCUGGAAUUCGCACCUGCUGUAGACAGUAUUCUGCAAUGACUGAGAUGCACAGAUUUUUUUUAGUGAUUGCAACUACUAUCUCGUUCAUUCUUGCUUUUUAUUUUCUCUCUUCCUGUUUACUCUUUUUUUAAUCACUUCCUUGUACCUAAGUAAGCUCAGACUUCUUUUCUGUGCCAAAUCAAUGAAAAUUAUCAAUUCUGGAAAGUAUUUCUACUUUUCAGAAUAGCCAUCCUAAGUGGCAGCUAAUUAUGCGUUGCAUUUGGAUUUCUCUGUACUGGGGAAAGAUUUGUGACUUGAACUAAAUAUUUUUAAACUUGUGGUUUUUUUCUUUUUUUGAAAAACUAAUAUUUAAUAUUGCUUCUUCUGCAUGGCAAGACUGCCUACUUCUGCUAUUUAAAAAUCCCUUGAUGACUUCAUUUUCUAUUGCAGCUUAUUUUCAUGUGCAACCAUGAGGAAACUAAAAGCAGAUUUGUUUAAAUUAACUGUGUUUGUACAAAAUGGUACCCAACACAAAAGUUUUUUUAAAUGAGUAAAAACUGUUUUGUUUAAAAGUUACGUUUGCAUUUUGACUCAUUUUUGUAAGGAUGUAUGUUGUAUGUUUAACCUUUAAUAACUAACGUUAAACUGUGGUGUGUGCGUAGCAAAAUUACGUAUGCAUGUUCAUGUCAAAUGAUUGGCUGUGGAUAAGAUAAUAAAAUCAGCUUUCAUUUUUCUAA